AUUUGCGGAGUAGCAGGCAGAAUCCAAACACGCCUCAAGCUGCGGAGGAAGUGACGGAAGAGGAGGGAGGCAUCGCGUAGAGGCCGUAGCGUAGCCCAUGUGAGUGUUGCCUUUCUUUCUCGACCUACGCCUCUCCCAAACGCACCUAGGGUUUCGGUUCGCCCUUCUCUUUUCGCAUCGAGCCUAACAGCUCGAUUGGUAGGCUUUAAUGACGCGGACCGGGGUUGUCGUUUCUUGCCUCUCUCUGUCUUUGUAUUGGAAAUUGUAGUUUCUUGAUCCUUGUUUGAUUUGUGGUUUUCGAUUUGGCCCUAGAACCUCGAGUUUAUUCUUUUGUUUCCGUUGUCGGAUUGGUUCAUUUGACAUUCGUUCUUCACAAGAAAGAGAAAUUGAGGCGUUUGAUCCUGAGGGGGUAAUCUGCGAAGAAAUAGUGUUAAUUAGCUAUAAUUUGCAGUUCCCAUUUGUUUAUCCAUUCAUUGAUGUUGAAUCAAAAUCAAAAGAAUCAAACUAUAGGGCCAUGUUGGAGGUUCGUGACCUGAUAACUCUGAAGCCUUUGGUUCAAAAAUAAAUGUUUCCCCUCAUUGGUUAGAUUAUGAAGGAUAGAAGAUAUGCCAUGCUUUCUUUAAUCUGUUCAGGAGCUAGAAUGGUUUCAUUGUUAUGGUGGAGAUUGCUAAUUCAACGCUUCGUUCUACAUUGAUAACCUGGAAAAUUCUGCAGUACAAGUAUGAUAAAAAGAAUGAUAUAACAUAUUAUUAUUGGAGCAAAAAUAAGCGAGAGGCUCAUCCUGUAAAAAGUUGGAGUGUUAAAAAUUCUCCCUCAAUUUUCCAAGUGAUGGAUCGCUGGAUUGGGUGCUUUAGAAUUUGUCUUAAUCCAAGCAAAUCUGUUUCUUGCAUCAAAAUUACUGCUUCGCUUAUGAUCUCUCCAUCUUCCAGAACUCUGCUGAUUCCUUCCAUUAAUGCUAUCUUCUUUUGUGGGGAUAAGGUCCAAGGAACUGGAAAUUCUGUGAUUGAGAGGUUAUCAGAUUCAAGGAAUAUAUCUGAGUCGAUUGUAUCAAAAUUAGGGUCUUCAACUAAUGUUUGGGUGAUAGAGGCAUCUACGUAUAAUGGAUCUUUUGCCCUUUACAAGGAAUUUAUUCCAUCAUUGACUUCUCGAGGUGAACCAAAACAAUAUGAUCCUAGUGGAUUCCUUGCUUCAUCUGCAAUUGUUUCAAUCUUAUCCAGGUGUUUGGAACAGGUGACCACAUCCUCAAGCAACCUGAUAGAACAGACAAGAGAAAAUCCACAUGCUACUACAUUGUUGUCAGCUCCUUUUCCUAAAACAAUCAUUCUGGGUUUCAGCAAAGGUGGCACUGUAGUAAACCAGCUUGUAACUGAAUAUGCCGAGUUGAUAUCUUCACCCCAGUCAUUUGAUAGAAAGCAAGUCCACAUGUAUCCAAUCUCCAAGGAGGAUCUCUUGCUGAGCAUCUCUGAGUUCCAUUAUGUUGAUGUUGGAUUAAAUUGUGCUGGUGCCUAUUUGACCGAUCAUUCUGUUAUUAAGGAGAUUGCUCAAUGUUUGUUGCUUAAUAAUGCUAGUCUUCGGUUUGUUCUUCAUGGGACUCCUCGACAAUGGUCUGACCAUCAUCGUCCAUGGAUUAAUAGAGAAAAAGAUACCCUCCUGCAAAUGCUCAAAGAUGAAACUCAUAGAUGUGAAGGAAAAUUGCAGGUUGAGGAGAGAUUCUAUUUUAUCAAUAUGAAGCCCAGUUUGCAGAUGCAUUUUGAAAUAAUUCAAGUUAUGGAUAUUACAUAAUUUUCUGCAGUUGUGGAAUUGCGCAAUUUAUAUUUAGCUUUCUGUGCUAUUAAUGCCCUGCUAUUUACAUCAGAGAAUCUGGUGUGCUACCUACAGACGUGGGAGAUGAACUGAGACCCGUUGGCACACACAUUUCUGUUAUACUGCAUGAGAGUAGUGUAGUUGGCUACGGAUUUUCUCGAAUGCUUGUCGUAGCAUGAAACAAGACAGAAGGAAUCUUGCUUAAGUCCUGUUGAUCGCACAGGGAGGCGCCCGAGAAGCUAAAAGCUUGGAUCAUUCCAGAAACAAUGAUAGGAAUUGAUCGGUGAGAAACUACCACUACCAUAUUAGAUUCUUUGGUUUCAGAGGUAGGAGCUGUGGUUAAAGAAGCUAUGGUCAGAGAAAGGAGUUGGAAAAUUGAGUUUUUGAAAUCAAUAAAUUGAAUGUGGACAUGGAUGAUUAUUUUGUAAGAAGAUGGUUGUAAAAUAAUUUGUCAAGUGAAUAAAAAUUGUCUAAUAUUGUUCGGGCAA